CCCAGAGCCUGCGGUGCUUCUCCACAAUACCUACCCCGAAAAACAUUUUACUGAAUAUCAGCGUCUUCAGGUUUUAGCAGCAAAUAAUGUAGCCUCAGCGCGGCUUUUGAAGCUAUAUACAUAUAUCCUGCCAAUAUCUUAAUUUCUUUGACCUAACUAUAUACAGUAGCUUUGUCCGUCUUCAGUGUGUUCGUAAAACAAAAUCUUUUGAAUUGGCAGGCUGCAUGGUCUGAAUAUAAAAUAAGUAGUACAUUUAUAGACUGCUGUAAAUAUAGCAUUCCUCAAAUGCUACGGCAAAUCUUAUAGCACAUUUCGUUGAAUAAAUCCCACUUCAAAGGAAACGAAACUUGUUCCGUUACUUUCGUUUUUGCAGAAAGCGAAAGACAAUGUUUGCUUUAUUUUCAAAGCGGCAGCGUCGUACUGACUCGUGCGUCAAGUAAGACCGACAGCGUUUUGUCAGACCGAAAAGGACGUUAUCAACGACACACCGAAGUCGGGUUUUACACUAACAGCUUUAUCUUGCUGCAAUGGCGUUGAACCAGGAAACUGCACUAAGAGGAAAACUUAUUCAGCUUCAGUGCCACUUCACCUGGGCUCUCCGGAAAGAGGACACUGAUCUCAGUGACUUGCAAAAUAGACUGGAGGAUGAUGUCAGUUUCAGUUCAGCUGAUCAAGCCGGGGACAAACACUUAUUCAGCUUUUUGGCUUUUCUGAACUAUUUGCAAGACCAGCCAGAAGAAGCACUUGCUAACUUGGCAAAGGCUGAAGACCACAUUCGUAAACACAACAAAGAAUGUGAGAAAAUGCUCAUUGUAACAUAUGGAAACUUUGCAUGGCUGUACUACCACUUGAACGACCAUGCAAAAUCUAUGAGUUAUCUGGAGAAGGUGGAAGAUAUUAAGCAGCGAUUUCCAACACAGUCUCCUACUGCUUUUCAUGCGGAAGUCUACGGAGAGAUGGGAUGGACCUUCCUCAUGUAUUCUAGGAUAUACCACGAGAAAGCUAAAGAGUGCUUUGAGAAAGCCUUGAAAGAGUAUCCAGACAAUCCUGACUGGAACUGUGGUUAUGCUACAGCGCUGUACCGGGUUGAAUCUGAGAGCAACACAACUGCAGAUUCACCAGCUGGUAAACAGCUAAGGCGUGCCUUAGAGCUGAGCCCUGGGGAUUCUUAUAUCAUGGCGCUUUUGGGUCUAAAACUAGCUGAAUCUGGGAGAUUGAAUGAAGCAGAGGAAUUGAUUAAAAGAGCUCUCAUGAUUUCACCAGACAAACCCCACAUCAUACGUUAUGUGGCAAAGUUUUUCAGAGAACAUGGAUCUAUGGAUAAGGCCAUAGACCUUUUGAAGCUUGCCCUUGAAGAAACACCCAAUUCAGCCUUUCUUCAUCAUCAAAUUGCAGUCUGCUAUAGGAAUAAAAGAAUCAACUUGUGCAGAAAUGGAGGGAAAAACAAUAGAGAAGAGGUUGAACACCUUCUCCUCCUUGCGAUGCAUCAUUUUCAGAUGGCCAUUGAGAUGAGGCCCUCCUUCCUUAUUGCCAUGAUAGAUCUAGCUCUUCUACAUGCAGAGAAGGGUAAUUUCACCAAAGCAGAGGAGCUGUUUCAGGAAGCAUUUCAGGUGGCCAGAGCGAAAAAUCUCAACCUGCAAGAUGUUCAUAAAAGUUAUGGUAACUUCCAGCUGUAUCACAAGAGAUCAGCGUCUCUGGCCAUAGAGCAUUUCAUGAAAGGGUGUCAAAUUCGGAAAGAUAACAGAACAGGGGAGCAGUGUGUUCAGAAAUUGGAAAUGAUAGCAAAGUGGCGCAUUGACAGGAAUCCGAGUGAUGGGGAAGCUUUUGGGAUUCUGGGAUAUGUUAAUAAGCUAAGGGGUGACAAGCUUCAAGCCAUAGAGUGCUAUGAGAAAGCUCUUUUACAUAGCCCAGGGAACGGUGAGUUUCUCACAGCUCUCUGUGAGCUUCGGCUUUCUCUGCACUAGUCGCUGGCCAUGUUUACCACUACCUGUGCUCACUUUCUGUAACUCUUUGCACAAGACCUCCAUACUAGGCACCAUUAUAUAUUCUCUCCUCAUUUGCAUAUCUCACAGCACUCAAGGUCAUCUGAAGCAUUGUUAAACCUCAUCAAAUAAAGCCUCAAGUUCCUCACACAGCCAGUCUUGGGCUCCGUCCUCCAAGCUAAGACUGUAAGUCCACAAACGGUUUUUACACAGCAGUGAAUAUGGGUGACAAUUAGCAAAAUUUUAAAUGCAAAGGAGCCUCUCUUGAAGUCGAAGGUCAAAAAGACGAUCGCUGAAAUCUAAAGGUGCUCAAGGCCUGGGAAACCUGCACAUUUCCUGAAAUCAGCGCAACAGUGAAGACAAUUGAAUGUUGUGAUACGUUUAUCAAGUAAAAACUAAGAAUGUUCCCGGGAGUGUUCAUCAUUAGAUAUCACAGACCUGUAGCAGCCAGUAAUGUAAUAACUGCCAAUACUGUAACUGCUAAUACCAUAAUAGUGUUUCUAUUCUUGAUAUAAUAAAGGUCAAUAAUGUUACAACUAGCCAUUAAUGUAAUACGUUUUCUGAGAUAUAUAACACAAUAACCAUUUUCCAAUAUUGGUCACUUAUUACAUUCUCGCCUUUUGUUACAUUAAGAACUGAGAAAUUAAUUGUUAUUGGCAUAUUAUUACAUUAUUGGUAGUUAUCGCUGAAUAUAUGCAUUUUAUUUUUUACUAUACAAUAGAUGGAAUAUGCCCAUUCUCUGUCUACCGAUAGCGUUUCACAGGACCAAUGAUAGGAUGUUUUAUGAAGUUGUUUAACUUGCAUCUCCAUUGGAUGUCAGAAGCAUCAAUCAAAGCCAAGCAUUUCCCGCCUCUUAUUUGGAGAAGCGUCCACUAAUUUUCCUCAGCUAAUAACUGUCACUUGAAGUCAGAAGAAAGUGUUCUUCGCAGUUUGUUUGGGUCAGAUGCAGCUGUCAAGGUAAAGUAACACCCUAAGCUUCUUGUCUGAAAACAGUAUUUAUGUUUGUACUAGUUAACAUAUGUAUUUAGGAUGGUUGUUUGCAUGGAAGACUUUAUAUGGCUAAUUUUAACAACAACAUUCAUAGCUAAAUAAAAUAGUAAGACAAGGCUCUGGUUAGAUCCAAAUAUUUAUACUAGCCAUGGAUGACAUAAGCAAAAUAAAUGUACAUCAUUAUAAUGCAUGAUAAUGAAACCAUGUACCGUAUUUGCUGUGAACAAUCCCUGCAAGUCCAUUAAAAGCAUUAAACUGUU